AUGGGUGACUACUCGAAAGCACUUGAAUUUUACGAAAAAGCACACAAAAUCUACGAAAAAGCUCUGCCUCCGAAUCAUCCUCAUUUGGCUACUUCCUACAACAACAUCGGUCUCGUGUAUAACAACAUGGGUGACUACUCGAAAGCACUUGAAUUUUACGAAAAAGCAUAUAAAAUCUACGAAAAAGCUCUGCCUCCGAAUCAUCCCGAUUUGGCUACUUCCUACAACUAUAUCGGUGCAGUGUAUUACCACAUGGGUGACUACUCGAAAGCACUUGAAUUUUACGAAAAAGGUCUCGAAAUCACGAAAAAAGCUCUGCCUCCGAAUCAUCCCGAUUUGGCUAGUUCCUACAACAACAUCGGUGGAGUGUAUAACAGCAUGGGUGACUACUCGAAAGCACUUGAAUUUUACGAAAAAUCACUUAAAAUAAGAGAAAAAGCUCUGCCUCCGAAUCAUCCCGAUUUGGCUAUUUCCUACAACAACAUCGGUCUCGUGUAUAAGAACAUGGGUGACUACUCGAAAGCACUUGAACUUUACGAAAAAGCACAUAAAAUCUACGAAAAAGCUCUGCCUCCGAUUCAUCCUCAUUUGGCUACUUCCUACAACAACAUCGGUGGAGUGUAUAACAACAUGGGUGACUACUCGAAAGCACUUGAACUUUACGAAAAAUCACAUAAAAUCUACGAAAAAGCUCUGCCUUCGAAUCAUCCCAAUUUGGCUACUUCCUACAACAACAUCGGAGGAGUGUAUGAUGACAUGGGUGACUACUCGAAAGCACUUGAAUUUUACGAAAAAGCACAUAAAAUAAAAGAAAAAGCUCUGCCUUCGAAUCAUCUCGAUUUGGCUAAUUCCUACAACAACAUCGAAGGAGUGUAUGAUGACAUGGGUGACUACUCGAAAGCACUUGAAUUUUACGAAAAAGCACAUAAAAUAAAAGAAAAAGCUCUGCCUUCGAAUCAUCCCGAUUUGGCUAAUUCCUACAACAACAUCGGUCAAGUGUAUCACAACAUGGGUGACUACUCGAAAGCACUUGAAUUUUACGAAAAAGCACAUAAAAUAAAAGAAAAAGCUCUGCCUUCGAAUCAUCCCGAUUUGGCUACUUCCUACAACAACAUCGGUUUGGUGUAUAACAACAUGGGUGACUACUCGAAAGCACUUGAAUUUUACGAAAAAGCACUUAAAAUAAGAGAAAAAACUCUGCCUCCGAAUCAUCCUCAUUUGGCUGGUUCCUACAACAACAUCGGUCAAGUGUAUAACAACAUGGGUGACUACUCGAAAGCACUUGAAUUUUACGAAAAAUCACAUAAAAUCUACAAAAAAGCUCUGCCUCCGAAUCAUCCUCAUUUGGCUACUUCCUAUAACAACAUCGGUGGAGUGUAUAACAAAAUGGGUAACUACUCGAAAGCACUUGAACUUUACGAAAAGGAUCUCGAAAUCACGAAAAAAGCUCUGUCUCCGAAUCAUCCCGAUUUGGCUAUUUCCUACAACAACAUCGGUGCAGUGUAUUACCACAUGGGUGACUACUCGAAAGCACUUGAACUUUACGAAAAAGAUCUCGAAAUCACGAAAAAAGCUCUGCCUUCGAAUCAUCCCAAUUUGGCUAGUUCCUACAACAACAUCGGUCUCGUGUAUAAGAACAUGGGUGACUACUCGAAAGCACUUGAAUUUUACGAAAAAUCACAUCAAAUCUUAGAAAAUGCUCUGCCUCCGAAUCAUCCCAAUUUGGCUACUUCCUACAGCAAUAUCGGUCAAGUGUAUAACAACAUGGGUGACUACUCGAAAGCACUUGAAUUUUACGAAAAAUCACUUAAAAUUAAAGAAAAAGCUCUGCCUCCGAAUCAUUCCUCAUUGGCUACUUCCUACAACAACAUUGGUAUGGCGUAUUCCGGUAAAGGAAACUACUCGAAAGCACUCUCAUUCUUAGAAAAGGCACUUUCUAUCUUGCAAAAAUCACUUCCACCUAGCCAUCCUAAUAUUAUAGCGGUCAAAAACUCAAUUGACAAUGUAAAAAAGAAAAUGUAA